AUGAAUCAUAUCAUAAGCCAGGAUUUGCCGAUUCUCAUCAUCGGCGGAGGCCUUGGAGGGUUUACCCUCGCACAGGCGUUGCGGAAGAGAGGCAUUCCAUUCAGGAUUUUUGAGAGAGAUGACGGACCUGAAACCCGAAGACAAGGUUACGGACUCGCCCUGCAUUGGAUAUUGGAAGGCUUGUUGGCUGAAAUGCCGGACGAUCUUCCGCCAUUCGAAGUCGUUUCGCAUUUGCACGGAACCGACUUGACAUGCGAAGGCGCACUCUUCGAUGCAAUCACCGGGAAAGAGAAAACUCGAUUCUCGGAUUUUCUCCGCGCGGACCGUCAAAAGCUCCGAACCUGGCUCUCAACCAACCUUCCUAUCGAGUGGGGAAAGAAGUUUGAGAGAUUCGAGGAAAGUGCUGAUGCAGUGACGGUAUACUUUGCGGAUGGCACCUCAGUUUCAGGAAGCAUCUUGGUUGGUGCAGAUGGUGCAAACAGUCGCGUACGCAACCAGCUUCUUGGUCCAGAAAAGGCCCAGCUGAAUCUGAUCCCCGUGGAUAUGCUAGUUGGUGAAGUAGAGCUGGGGAAAGAAGGAUACGAAGAGCAGCUACAAUUCGCUCGUUCUCUUUGGAUUGCCGAAGCUCCUGUUGGCUACAUCUUCACGGGCCUCCACAGCAUUGCUAAGGACAAGGCGUCUGCAAAGUACUACUGGAUGGUUUUCAGGAAGAGCAAGGACCUUACGGGAAAGGUCCAUCCGUAUCUCAGCUGGACUAAGCAACAGCUGUAUGAUGCAGCAGUCGAGACGACCAAGCUGUUGCAUCCAAAGUUCGCGAAUGUCAUUCUCAAGACUUCGCCAGAAAACAUGGUCCAGCCACCAUAUGUCCUUGAGGACUGGAUUCCGCCAGUCGAUGGUUUUUCUUCAGAUCGCGCCACCAUCCUGGGCGAUGCUGCUCACAAGAUGAGUCCUUUUGGAGGCGAAGGCGGCAAUCAUGCAAUGCAAGAUGCCAUCGACUUUGUCAAGGCACUGGAUGGCUUCAACGGAACCAACCCCGCACCAUUGCUGAAGAAUUAUGAGAAGGUCACUAUCGAGCGGGGCCGGGAGGCGGUCUUCCAGAAUCGCAAGAAAACGACGGACUGGGAGCACGAAACAUCCGCGCCCACAUGGUCCGAAACUUACCAGAAUGGCGACAAAGAAUAG